AGAGGAUUGAAUAGGGGAAAAGUCGAAUCCUUACUAUAUUAAUACGAGUAAAACCUCAGUGCGAAAGCCGGCUUUACAGAGUGUGCAUUAAUAAGUUCGUGUUUCCUAAUAUCCAGUGGAGUGAAGUGUAAAAAUUUCAAUCGAUAUGGCAGAAGCAAACAAGAGAAACAUCCCCAUCAAACUUGGAGAUUUCAGUGUUAUUGAUACGGAAUUCAGCAGCAUCAGAGAAAGGUUUGACGCUGAAAUGAGAAAAAUGGAAGAGGAAAUGAGCAAAUUCCGCUCAGAGCUGAUGAACCGGGAAUCCAACAACUUUUUCAGGUCCACCACCAGGUCUUACAACUAUGAGUCAACUAAAACUGGAGGCAAGACGUCAAGCGAGACGUCCAGCACCACCACAUCAACACAGAACACAGGAUCGGAUAUUGCACAGAGGCCUGGAGAUGUAAGGACAUGGAUUGAUGACUUGAACUCCCCAUUGGUACAGAAUGAUGGAGACAACAAGCAUCUUAAACUGAGGUUCGACGUUAGCCAAUAUGCACCAGAAGAAAUAGUCGUGAAAACGGUAGACAACAAAUUAUUGGUUCAUGCCAAACAUGAAGAAAAAACGGAAUCAAAAUCUGUUUAUAGAGAGUAUAACAGAGAAUUUCUUCUUCCCAAGGGAACAAAUCCAGAACAAAUCAAGAGUUCUUUAAGUAAAGAUGGUGUGCUAACAGUCGAGGCUCCAUUACCUGCAAUUACAUCUGGAGAAACAUACAUACCAAUCCAACACUAAGGAUUGGAGUCAAUUUUGUAUUAAUUUCUGCACAAUAAUCAGUAAUCGAACUUACAUCGUUAGUUUUUUGAUUUCCCAGUUAUGAUUUCAGAUUAAUCAGGAUGGUUUUUCUGUUAUUAGAUAUAUUUUCAGAUGCCGAAUAAAUCAAAUCUAGUUUAUAGAGAUGAAAAUGUUCAUUGAUAUUCAGAGCUAACUGCAAUAUUAUUGUUGAAAAAAUAUUUAUUAUUUAUUGAAUUUACAUUUCACUAACGAAAAAUUUUAAUAGUGUCAUUGGAAGUAUGUAUUUCACUUCAAUGUGUAGAAGAAUCUAUUUUAAGUUUGAAAUGAAUUAUACAAUUUUUGUAAAUUAUUUAUAAGCAAUAAAUCUUAUUUUUAAA